CAGGUUCCCAGGGUGUCAGCCCGAAGCCGGCGUCUGGGGCGGGGACUCUCAGUGUUGGGGUGUGCCCUUCUCCCCAGGUUUCCCUUCUCCUUCUCACGGGUCCUUCUGCCUGGAUACUCCUGACGUUCUGCUGCGAUUCUGGUUUGUAUGUCCCAGCUCUGCACAAGCCAGUCGGUGUCACCGUGGUUUCGAGUAUAAAGUCUUCAAGUAGUACCCGAGUUCUUUCUCCCAAGACGCUCAGGGUCCGGAUCAUGGAACCCCGAGCCCUUCUCCUGCUGCUCGCGGGGGCCCUGACAGUAACCCAGACCUGGGCCGGCCCACACACCUUGAGAUAUUUCGGCACCUUAAUGUCCAGACUCGGGAAGCCCCAGUACAUCGGGGUCGGCUACGUGGACGACACGGAGGUCCUGCGUUUCGACAGUGACCUCCCGAACCCAAGGGCGCAGCCGGGGUUGCCCUGGAAGGAGCAGCCGUGGGUGGAGCAGGAGGACCCAGACUUUUGGGCGGAACAGACGCGGGGCUGCAAGUUCUGCGAACAGUUUUCCGGAGCAAAACUGAACAACCUGCGCGCCUACUACAACCAGAGCGAGGACGGGUCUCACACCUUCCAGAUUAUUACUGCCUGCGUUGUGGGGUCUGGCGGGCGCUUCCUCAGCGGGUCCGGUCAGUAUGCCUACGACGGCACCGAAACCUUCAACCUGAACUUGGACCUGAGUUCCACCACCGAAGGCAACACGACCGCCCAGAUCACCGUUAGGCGCAAUUUGUUGCAUCAAGAUGAUGUGGAGGGUUGGAGGGCCUACCUGGAGCACACGUGCGCGAACCGGCUCCGCGGGUUCCUGGAGAAGGUGAAGGAGACUCUGCUCCGAGCAGACCCUCCAAAGACACACUUGACCCACCACCCCAUCUCUGACCAUGAGGUCACCCUGAGGUGCUGGGCCCUGGGCUUCUCCCCUGCGGACAUCACCCUGACCUGGCAGCGUGAAGGGGAAGACCUGACCCAGGACAUGGAGCUUGUGGAGACCAGGCCUGCAGGGGAUGGAACCUUCCAGAAGUGGGCAGCUGUGGUUGUGCCCCUUGGAGAGGAGCAGAGAUACACGUGCCAUGUGCAGCACCAGGGGCUGCCUGAGCCCCUGACCCUGAGAUGGGAGCCCCCUCCUCAGACCACCAUCACCAUCAUGGUCAUUGCUGCUGCCCUUGGUCUCCUUGGAGCUGUGGUCACUGGAGCUGUGCUGUGGAGGAGGAAGUGCUCAGGCAGAGGCAGGGAGAGCUACGAAAAGGCUGCCUGCAGCGAGAGUUCCCAGGGCUCUGAUGUGUCUCUCACAGCUCCUAAGGGGUGACAGAGCUGCUUUCUCCAGGAGUUGGUGCUAAAAUAGUCACUUCAGGCUCUUCUUGGGACUUUAAGGGUGCCUGUCUGCUGUUUCUGCACCCAGCAUCAGAACCUUAUUUAAUCAUCUCAAUGUCCCUGCAUUAUUUUAAUAUUAUAUAUAAGUAAAUCAAAAGAGAUGUAGAUUCAAAGCUCCAAGGUGU